GCUGUAACUGCAUUUUUAGCCGUAAUGUCAGGACGCGGAAAGCAGGGAGGCAAAGCUCGGGCCAAGGCCAAGUCGCGCUCGUCCCGCGCAGGCCUUCAGUUCCCCGUGGGGCGAGUGCACCGCCUGCUGCGCAAAGGCAACUACGCCGAGCGAGUGGGGGCUGGCGCGCCGGUGUACCUGGCGGCUGUGCUGGAGUACCUGACAGCGGAAAUCCUGGAGCUGGCCGGCAACGCGGCCCGAGACAAUAAGAAGACGCGCAUCAUCCCUCGCCAUUUGCAACUAGCCGUGAGAAAUGAUGAGGAGCUCAACAAGUUACUCGGGGGUGUCACAAUUGCCCAGGGCGGCGUCUUGCCCAAUAUCCAGGCAGUCUUGUUGCCCAAGAAAACGGAGAGUCACAAGCCUGGCAAGAAUAAGUAAUUAGGAGGCUUGACACCAACCCCACUCACCCCAAAGGCUCUUUUAAGAGCCACUAAAGUGUCAAAUGAAGGGCUGAUCACGAAACAGCGCAUUAGCUCUUUUUUUGAAAACUUGGGUGGCUCUAAAAAGAGCCUUUGGUCUUUGGUUCACUUUGUCUGGAUUUAUUUGCUUUUGGCUUUGUGGCUUUCAGUUUUCUUUGGUAAUAGAACGGCCUGGAUGUUGGGCAAAACGCCACCCUGGGCUAUGGUGACUUUGCCCAAUAGCUUGUUCAGUUCCUCGUCGUUGCGGAUGGCCAGCUGCAGGUGACGAGGGAUGAUG